ACUGAAAGUCACUGGCUGUCACUCACUACUGCGCGUGCGCAACAAAAUCUCUCCGUCUGACGUCACGUCUUCUGACGUCACGUCUCCCUCCACUGUUGUAACCAAUCAGUGGCGCAGUCGGUCAGUCGAGCUCGGUCGCUGCAUCGGGUUGGAUCAGAUGGCGUGCGAUGGCCGUUAAUUUGGGACCAUUGCAUCUGUCAUCAAUUGCGCGCUCCCUUUUGAUCUACGCAUGUGAACAGCUGGAUGUCUCAUCGCCAGUCGGAAAGUGGGACGACGACGACGACUCUGCGGGAUAGGAGGCCGAUUGUUUGUUGACAUUUUUACCUGAGCUCGCUCGUCACCUUUCGUAUUGUCGCGUCGGAAUUCUGAAGGAUGGAGGAAAGUCCGACGAAAGUACGUAAGAGAAUGCAGCACGAGGAUACCUCGGUGGGGAACAAUUUGCAGAAUCGCAUGUGGAACAACGACGAGAGCGAGGACGAUAUCACCAGCGAGAACGCGUUGCUGAACGAAGUCAACGAACCGAGGCAAAAUCAUUCAUCUCCAAUGGAAUGCAAAACUUGUCCGACUCUCACUACUCUUGCGGAGGAGAAAAUGCGUCGCAAACUACGGUUCUUCUUUAUGAAUCCAAUUGAGAAGUGGCAGGCAAAACGACGUUUCCCAUACAAAUUUGUUGUCCAGGUCAUCAAGAUUAUCCUUGUGACUGUACAACUUUGUUUAUUCGCACACAACAAUUACAUGCAUGUGAAUUAUACUUGGGACAAUCGAAUCACAUUCUCUCAUCUCUUUUUGAUGGGAUGGGACUCUACGCAAGAGGUACCUGCAUAUCCGCCUGCGACAGGACCAUUGGCUAUUUACAAACGAAGCAAUUUUUACGAAGCCAUCGAUUAUGCUCUACACGGCUACUACAACGUUGACGAUGCGAUUGGUUCGUACUCCUACAUCGCCGAGGACAAUUCCGUCGGGCCUGUAAUUUUAUGCCUUUAUCAGUACAAGGAAGGCACCAUAUUCGGCUUCAACGAGAGUUACGUGUUCGACAGCGACAUUGUGCAAACUUGCGUAAACAUCAGUCUUGAGGUCUUCAACACAUUUAAAUCAUCGCACAAUUUUCUACAGGAUAGGAACAUAACUGUUAAGUUUUCCGCACUGGUACGCGCCCAUCUCAAAUUUGCUCUGAAGACGGUAAACCUGAAAGCUGCCGGACCGAUGACAUCGCCCGAUUGUUAUCGUUUCAAUGUCAAAAUCGACUUUGAUAACCGCGAUUUUGAUGGACAGAUGUUGCUCUCGUUAGACGCAGAGGCUAGAAAGUUGCAGUGCAAGGGCGAUACCCGCUAUAUAACAGAUAAUCGCAUCGAAUCCGCACUGAGGACUCUGCUGAAUUUACUUGUCAUAUUAAUCUGCGCGGUCUCUUUGAUGUUGUGUUCACGAGCGAUAUACAGAGCGCAGCUGUUGAAAUUCGAGACAAUUAACUUCUUCAAGAAGACGUAUGGCACAACAUUGAGCUUCGAAGGUCGACUGGAAUUUUUAAAUUUCUGGUACAUCAUGAUCACCGUCAACGAUCUGUUGAUCAUUAUUGGCACAAUCAUAAAGGAGCAAAUUGAACGGAAACAUUCCGAGAGCGAUCACUGGAAUAUCUGCAGCAUCUUUCUCGGUACCGGCAAUCUGUUGGUAUGGUUUGGCGUGUUGCGCUAUCUCGGCUUCUUCAAGACGUACAAUGUCGUCAUUUUGACUCUGAAGAAAGCGACGCCGAAGGUAGCAAGAUUCUUGAUAUGUGCAAUCCUCAUUUACGCCGGCUUUGUAUUCUGCGGCUGGCUGGUGCUCGGGCCAUAUAACUUGAAAUUUCGUUCUCUCGCGACCACCUCCGAGUGCUUGUUCGCGUUGAUCAACGGUGAUGAUAUGUUUGCCACAUUUUCCAUCACGUCUUCCAAAUCAUCGGUAAUAGUGUGGUGGUUCUCUAGAAUAUAUUUAUACUCGUUCAUUUCAUUGUACAUUUAUGUCGUCUUAAGUCUGUUUAUUUCUGUGAUAAUGGACGCGUACGAUACAAUCAAGAUCUACUAUCGCGAGGGCUUUCCGAGAAACGAUCUGCAAACAUUUAUAGCUCCGUGCACAGAAGAAGCGACGAGUGGUAUCUUCAGGGAUGAUUCCGAGAGCAGCGAUCUGACGGAAUUAUUCGAUCGAUUUUGCUGCUGUCGAAAAAGGCCCUUUUACGGAUCUUUCUCGGAAUCGGUCACAGAUUCCUCGAUGCCCAAAUCAGAACAAGUGUAUGACGGAGGUAUCUGCGUCUAGUGCAUUAAUGGAAAGUACCUGGAGAUGUUACGGCGCAACUAUAGAUGCGCGACGCGACACUAAGACGGUUGCAUCAACAUCUUCGGUUUAAUAAUCUUGAUCGACAACUUUUUUCUCUUUCUGAAAAAAAGAAAAGUUAAAUGUAAUUUGAUUUUACAGUCAUACAUAAUUAUUCAUGUACCUUUCUUUAUUUAACUUACAUAAAAAAUUACAUUUCUAGAGGAAAUUGUAAUUGUGUUAGAAAUAAUUUUUCUCUUUUUAAAAGCGAGAAAAUAACUAAUUAUUUUAUAAUUAAGUUAAAAAUAUAAUAGCUUCUAUAUUGCUAAUUUCGAUUUUUCUUAUGAUACGCAAGUACCAAGUAACAAUCAGAAAGAGAUCAGUUCUAAUUGAUGUUGAUGCAAUCAAGUAUGUAGGCAAACUAUUUUCAUGUUGGUUUGUAGCAAAUGUUGCAUGUAUGCAGCUAUAUAUUUAUUAUGUUACUGCCAUUUAACAAUAAGUUCUGUCCCAAUAUGUAAUAUUUUUUUAAAAAUCAAUUUUAUUACAAAAUGUAUAGAUAUUCCUUUUCUGCUUUAAUUUUUAUAAUAACAUAAAAUAAUUAUUUGCAGCAGAAAAGGCAAUUUUGCAACAGUUAAAAGAUUUUCUACUAAAUGUCUCUUAAUUUCCAAUAUGUUCAUUAAAUAAUUUUUUCAAUGUGUAUAAAGUAUAUUUAUAUAUAAUAAACGUAACAUGUUGCAACACAGUAACGAGACAAACGCAGCAGAAAAUUUUAAACUGUUGAUAGUGCAACAUAGAAUGCUAAUAAUGUCGAUUUUUGCUGAACAUGACGAUUUUAUCAAUAUAUUAAAAAUUUAAGUACAGUAUUUAAAUAUACAAUGUACAUUUUUGUCUACAGUAAUGUAAGUAUAUGCUAUAUAUUUAUUAUUGUACUUCAUAAUUGUAAAUAUAUCUCUGAUACUUGAAAAAAUUACAAAGAUUCUGUAUAAUAUUAUACACUGCUUUUAUGAUAUGUACACAAUAUCGACAAAUAAUAUAGAAAAACAAAGUGAUUAGAAAUCUCGUACAAAUGUGUUGCAGCUUCAUUGUUACAUAAAGCACAAAAUAUAGUGUUAUAUACCAAAGUUAUAAAAAAAUGUAUAAUAUAUAACUUAUGUAAAGAAAAUUAAUUGAAUUAUGUAUUAUAGUGUAUGAUCAAGGCAAUAGGUUUUCAUAUAAAAUUAAUUAUAUAAUUAAUUAAAUGAUGUGAAUUAUUCAAUCAUAAAUCACAUGAUUGUAAUAUUCUUUCCUAUACAUAUGAUGCAUAAUAUAUUGUAUUAAAAAAACUUUGUAUCGAGUGUAUCUCAUAUAUUUAUGCUUGUACAUAGAUUGCGUGCACUUCCAUAAGAUAGACCCGCAUACAAUAUUAUAUACCCAAAGAAAUAUAUUUAUAUAUUUACAUUGAA